AUGACAACACUGUCUAUAACCAAUGGUGAUCAUCAACGCCACAGUUCAACACCAUUAGGUCACACUACACCUUUGUUAACAAUAAAAAGUGAUCGCCAAAUCGACACUGAAACACUCUCAGCUAUCGACUCUGAUCAUAAAGAUGACACUACAUCUUUGUCAAUAACAAGUUGUGAUCGUCUAGGCAGCACUAUUACACUGACUGCAAACAAUGAUAAUAAUCAAGGUCACACAACAACACUAUCUCCAAUCGAUAGUGAUCGGCAAUGCCAUGCUGUAACACUUUCAUCAAUCAAUGAUGAUCGUCAAGGCGACACUAUGGCACUGUCAAUAAUCAGAAAUGAGCGCCAGGGUGACACUUCAGCACUUUCUCCAAUCGAUGAUAAUCUUCCAGAUCACAUUGCAACACUCUCAAUAAUCAAUGACGAUCAUCAAGACAACACUACAACAACGUCAACAUUCCAUUGUGAUACUUUUGCUGACACUAACAUGAAAAGCACUCAAAUUAUAGAGAAAACAGCAGAACAUAUAUCUGAUAAUGCUACUACAGAUCAUACAAAUGAGAUGAAAAAUGACGAGCUAUCAGAUAAUGCUAUAAGAAAUGCCAGAAAAAUGUUUUUGGAAACUCUAAAAUUGAGCCAGCUAACAAACAUAUAUGAUAGAAAGGUUGAAUCAGCAACCAGUAGCGACGCGCACAAACACACAUCGGGGACUUCUUACCCCAAACCUUUUGUCAAAACAAAUAACUUGGUUGAAAAUGAUGUAGAAAUAUCAGAAUUUCUCAAUUUUAUUCCACACAAUACAAGGCAAGAUAAUAUUGAUCAACAGACUAGAGCUAUGAAAAAUCCAAUUAUUAGCCAGAAUUACAGCAAAACGGAUGAUGAGAUCAGUCUAGAUCAAACAGCUCUGGAAUUCCCAUUACAUUGUGAUGAGGCCUUAAUAGACGAGGACGUCCGCUUUAAACCAAUAACUGACAAAAUGAUACAGCAUGCCAAUGAGGUUGUUACGCAAUCGGAGAAAGCAGGUCCUCAGAAGCAUGCAGUUUUGGACAUAGCAACAGCAAGUAUAGCAACUGUGUACAACAAUAAAAACAUGAAUCCUUGGCUGUUUACAUCUCCAGUCUCACGACCGACCAUAACAUCUGGGACACCAGAGUCCAUUAAGAGAAUAAGAUUAAAGUUCCAGCAUGGCUUUCAACCACUGCAGAAGGACAAUGGAGCUGAUGUUCCUGCCACAGUCGGUGUGCAAUGUUUACCCAAACAUCCAACCCCACCCACAUUAACAGGGGCAAACAAGGUAUUAGAUUUAUCAGAGCCGAUUUUAAGAUCUCCACCCAAAGCACGACAUAUUUGUGGACCAUUAGAGAGAGUUUGCAUUCCCUACCACUAUUCCCCUAAAGUAAAAAUCGUGCCUACAAUACUGAAAACGAAACAAAUAAAGCCAUCUACGAGUGUUCCAAAGUUAAGUCAACAUUUUACAGAAGGGACAUCCGGUACAGAACUUGUGAGAUAUACACGUAGCUCCGAAAUUGGACACCAGUAUGCGAACCAUCCAAACAACAAUGUUGAUUUUACGAGUACCGCAUCAAAGAACGUGUAUGGCUCAUAUACUACUAGUGAAUGUAAUACCAUUGGUUUGCUCAACCCGGAUGUCUACUAUAAAACCUGUCCCGUGACAAUCGUGUACAGUAGACCUGACAGCCAUACUGAUACCACGUGCACACUUGUACAAACCAAUACCAUACCUGUACACACUAAUACUACACCUGUAUUCUCUGAUGCAACACCUGUAUACAUUGAUUCAAAUAUAAUCACUGCUGAAGCUCAACAAAGUGAUAACGCUGAACAUGAAAAUGCAAUUAAAGAUAAGUUACGUGUGAAACGCGACAUUGAUAAAAAGACUAAGACGCAAACAAAAGACUGUCCAAUGGUCAUGGAUGACGUCAUACAGAUUGUUGAAGAAACGGGUGUAAAUAUGAAUAUAAAUCACAAUGGUGUACAUAUGAUGCAAGAAGUGCCCCACAGAGUCGAAGAGUCCGUCAGCAAAUUUUCACAUAAAACUGAUGUUUAUGAAUCACAUAAUGACAACCCGGAUCAAACAGAAGUAACGAUCAAAGAAUGUGAAAAACAUGAUUUGUCAAAUGAAGCUCCAUUAAAUAUUGGUAAUGUUUACCCUUGGGAAAAUAAGGAAACCAAUGUGGAUCGUUGGAGUACAAAGGUGCAUGAUGAAAACAUGAAAGAUGAUGAAAAUGUGAAUGACAUGGAUGAUGGAAGCGCGUAUAUUAAGGAUGAAGACAAGAGUAUGGAUUAUGAAAACACGAACUUAGAGGAUGGAGACAUAAACGUAGAGGAUGGAAAUACAAAGGUUGAUGAGGAAAACAUAAACGUAAAUGAUGACAACAUGAUUAUGGAUGAUGUAAACAUGAAUGAGGAAGAUGUUAACACAAAUGUGGAUUUUGAAAACACAAAUGAUAGAAGCAAUCAUGUUCGUGACAUACAUGUGAUGACAGAUAUUGGAAAAGAUACAGAGGGAACCAUAAAGACCAUUGAUUGUGUAAAUCGUGACAAGGACAGUAAAGGAAGUCCCAAUCAAAUCACAGGCAAUAAACUAAGUCGAAUUGUCACCGAUGCACAAACACAGGAAUUAGACAACAGUAUGAUCUUUGAAGUAAAAACUUUUACAAACAAACAGAAUAAUAACAUGAGCAGGGAAGAUGAAAAUAUAUCAGAUGAAGUCGUUCAACCUAAUGGUUGUUUACCUAAAAGAUCAGAAGAGCUUAGUUUGAAUAAAAUCGUCAUUGAUAAACGAUGUCUUGGUACAUUAGAAUAUGGUAGCAAUGAUUUUUAUCAGAAAUGCAAUACACAUAAAAGAGCAGAUGAUGUUGAAGUAGCCACACGGGAUAAACCAUACCCGCUAACAUGUAAUGAUGUGGCAACCAGUGAUGUUGCACAAAUACCCAAAGAACGAAUGGAAAAACAAGAUCAACCCGAACUAUCUGGAGUAAUCCAGAUGUUUGGCGGAAGAAAGACUACAAGGGGUAGUCUGAAGUUAAGUGAUCUUGAGUUAGCGUCUGUGUCUAUGUCACUCUGUGAUUUUUCAUCCAAUGCGAACGCAGGUGUUUUAGAACACGCCCUUCAUGUAAUUGACAUGAACAACAAUGAACCAGAGGGCUGCUUACAUGUGGACGAAUUGAUAAGUAAUAACAAUGCGUUACCCGUGGAAAACAAAACAAACGAGUCUGAAAAUUCAAAACAUAUUGAUAUAGUACCAGAAGAUGAUGUUGAUCCAUCUCCAGUUGACAAUGAUCAUGUGGUUCAAAACCAACCAAACGUUGAGCAAGCUAAUUUGAAUAACCACCAAAUGAUACCUGAUGAAAGAAUGGGGACAAAGGAUAUGACCACUGAAACUGAAACUUCAAAAAUAAAUGACAUCGUAGCAGGUGACAAUGACAAUACUGUUGAGGAAAGCCUUGAUCUUUGUGAUAAUACUUGUUCUAGUGUAUCAGAUAUAAGCCAAGCAAACAAAGGCAAUAAUUAUUGUGAAGCUAGCGUAACAAAUCAUAUUGCAGAUCAAUCUUUCAAUGGAGGUUACACUGUGCCUAUGAGUCACCAUUAUGGUGGAACAAUUGUCUGGUACCCAACGCAUGAUUCAAGUGAUGGUCAGCUUGAAGAGAAUACCUCACAUUUGAGUCCUAAAAGCUUAGGCAAUCAACUCAUAUCCUUCCUGGAAAGGAUAUCAUCUAGAGCAGGUAGAAAAUGUGACGCAGAAAGUACAAUUGCAAUGGAAAGUACCGUAGAUGAUCCGCCACCUAAGAAGAACCUGUUAAUAGAUCCAUUUGAAGAAGUGCCAAAAGUCACUGAUUCAUUUGAUGUGCAGCCUAAAGUACUGAAAUCAGUAAAUGGAACACAAAUGAUAUCAGAUCAAAAAGGGCACUUUGAUCUGGGAUUUUCGGCACAAAACAAAACAGUAGUACCAAACAAUACGAUGGCACCAUGCAAUACAAUAGCACCAUGCAAUAAAGUUAUACAAAACAAUAUAGUGGCACCAAUCGAUAUGGUCGAGUCAUACAGCACAGCGCCACCAAACAAUACAUUAGCAUUAAACGAAACGGUGUCACCAAACAAUAUAGUGGCAAUUAACAAUACAAUGACACAAUACAAAAGAGUGUUACCAACAUAUACAACAGCACCAAAUAACACAAAGACAACAAACAACACAGUGGCACUUAACAAUACAGUGGAACCAAACAACAUAAUGUCACUAAACAAUGAGUUGCCACUAAACAACACAGAAUACCAAGACAAACCAUUGGACUUAACAAUGGGACAGAAGAGAGAACAUGAAACUGAUAAAGUUGUAGAUGACGAUGAUACCCCUAACACUAAACGAAGAAAGGACAUUGAAAUAUAUGCAGAGAGCAAUAAAUUUGAUACAGUUGACUCAGAUACUGAUAGAUCAAUCGGAUAUUGUAUGUCACCAGAGACAAAUCCCAUAUGGGAUGAACAUAAUGACGAAACCGGAGAAUGCUACAGAGAAUCUCUAGAUUUCCAAAGCAUGCAUGCACGUGAAUCGCAUCACAUUUACCCAAAAAGAGAAAUAUUCGCAGGCGAUCAAAGUUUAUUGAAAAACUAUUCACAAUCUGUGUUCCCUGAAAAGAUUCCACAGUUUAUAUCCGAUUCAAGACAAGCGUCCGAGAAAAUAAAAUUAAGGAAGAGGGGGAACACUACUACAACUGUACCUAAGGCAAGGGCUACAGAAGGCUUUGAUGACGAGGAUGAAUUCAAUGAACUAGUUAUUGAUAUCAAAGAGGAAGGCGCAGAUGAUACUAUUGGUGUGUCUCAUAGUUCGAACCAAUCAACGCGGAGGAAAUCUAAGCAAGUGAUGACUGGGAGAGCAUUGGACCAAUCAGCGAGGAGUAAACAUGGACACGUGAUGACUGAGAGAGCAUUGAACCAAUCAGUAAGUGGCAAGAGCGCGUCAAGUAGUGAGACGGGGGAUGAUACGGAGUGGAAGCCAUGGCAAUCACAUAAAACCUAUCAGUACAAUACCUCCAGCCAAAAACUACGCAAAAGGAAGAAAAUCAAGAAAGAACGUAUCGAUGGGGAAGCUAUUAGUGCUGUAGAUUUAACUGAAGUUGAAAGACCUCUUAAAUGCAACAUUUGCAAGAAAUCGUCAAAGUCAAAAACAAGACUUUGUGAGCAUCUGAUCUCCAAAGGUCUUGGAGAGCAAAAAUGUGACAAGUGCAGUGCUUUCUUCCAUACGAUGAUCGACCUCGUCCACCAUAAAAUGGAGAAACAUGUAAAGUGUUGGUUCAUAUGCUCUCUGUGUGAUGGAAAGUUCACCAGUCAGUUCCAACUUGAUCAACAUGAUGCAAUAUGUGCUAGCAAAAGACAAAAUACUGAAAGGUUCAAGUGUACGAUAUGUGUUAACAGUUUUCAACAGGAGCAGCAUCUCAUAAGCCACACAAGAUACCAUAACUCAAAGGACCUCUUCCCUUGUACGGCCAAAGGUUGUGUUUAUGGAGGAACGUCAGAGGCAGUGCUUCACCAACAUGUACAGAAACACCACCAAAAAUCCAGCCAGGUUUGGGAGUGUCCCAUAUCAGCAUGCAUGGCACAGUUUAGCAGCAUUAUAGACCUAAACACACACGUAACGGAACACACGGGGUCAACAGUGAUGACGUGUAACUUCUGCGGGAGCGUAAUGGGGACAAAGCCGACGUUAGCAAAACACCUACAGCGUCAUAGUGAAGUGAAGCCAAUGGGCUGUAACUUGUGUGAGUUCAGAUGUCGUCAGAGGAACUCUAUCAAUUACCACAUGGCAAAGCAUCAUCCUAUUGAAUGGCAGCAGAAACUGGUUUGUCUAUGCCCAGUGUGUGACAAACGCUUUGAAGGAAAAUUCCAUCUGCAAUGUCAUCAACGUAAAACUGGACACGUCAUAAAAUCAGAGAGUGCUGGUGGUAAGACUAAACAGACUAAAGCAAUAAAGAAAAACUACAAAUGUAACGUAUGUGACCGAACCUUUAAGGGUUCCUUUAAUCUAACCUGUCAUCAAUGGAGAGCAAAGCAUGAUGGGACAAAGAAGAAUGCUGGGAUUGAACAACCUGGCCCAAACAGUAUGGAUAAAAUAGAGGUUUGUUCUACCGACGUGAGCAACCAACUCAAGAGUGAUCUGGAUGAAAAUGAUAACAAGCUUUGCAAUACAAAUAGUGGAUAUGCUUACUUCAAAAACUAUGCCAAAAAUGACCAUUCAAAUGAUGAAAAGUCUGACCAUAUGAACAGUAAAAAGGCAGAUAAUGAGAACAAUGAAAAGCCUGAUCACAAGAAUAAUGAAAAAGCUGAUCUCAAGAACAGUGAAGAGUGUUAUCAAAAUGACGCUGAGAAAUCUGAUUAUAACAACAAUGAAAAAUCUGAUUACAAGAAUGAUGAAAAAUCUGACGCCAAGAACAAUGAAACACCACAUCAUUCAAGCGUUGAAAAUAUCAAGAACACAGACAAUGAAAAUCCAGACCAUAAACAGAAUGAAACCUCUCACCACACAAGUAGUGCUAAGAGUGUCCAUUACAGAUCCCCACAGUAUGAAGUGGUUGACCAAAAUGCCAACAUUCUACAUGGUUCUAUGGUUGGCAUUGAUAAAUUCACAAAAAUAAGACUAAAAAUGAAACUAAAAAAGGGACCUAGAAAAUCCUUAGGAAGCAGAGAAUAUCCAACUACCCAACUGAAUGCCCAACUUGAUGCCCAACUCGGAGACAGCAAUCUAUCUGAUGACAAACAUGAAAAUGGGCAACAUAGUCCUGGGAAUAUUCAACAUUGUUUGAAAAAUGUUCAGUUUGAUGUGGCAAAACAUGUUCAAAGAGUUCCUGAAAAAUGUUCACAAGAUCCUGAAAGUGUUCAACAUGAUUAUCAAAAUGAUCAAGAUUGCCCUGGAACUGAACAAUUGAGUACGGGGGAUUUCCAAGAAAUAUUUGAAGCAUUUGCAAAUACUCCAAAUGAUGUUCAAGUAAAUACUGCAAAUAUUCAACUGAAUACUUCAAAUGCUCAAGUAAAUACUGAUGAUCAAGUAAAACAAUCAACAAAUACUUGAGAAAAUACUACAAAACGUUCAAGUAAAUAGGGAAAUGUUAAAGUAAAUACUACAAACGUUCAAGUAAAUAGGCAAAUGUUUAAGUAAAUACUACAAAUGUUCCAGUAAAUA